AACCUGAAGAACUCGAAGAGCCUGAAGAGCCCAAAGAACCUAAAGAUCCUAAACUCGAAGAACCCAAAGAUCCUGAAGAGCCUGAGGAACAGAAAGAUCACAAGGAAGAUCCUAAGGAAGGCCUAGAGGAAAGUCACAAGGAAGGUCCUGAGGAAGGCCCAGAGAAAGAUAGCAAGGAAGGUCCUGAGGAAGGUCUCGAGAAAGGCCCCAAGGAAGGCCCAGAGGAAGAUUGCAAGGAAGAUCCUGAGGAGAGUCCU